AUGAAGAGUAAUUGCUGUACAUCAGAAUCACGCAGCGAAGUGCAUGCACACAGCAACAAGUGGAUAUUUUGCUUCACAUGCAGAAUUCCACUCGAGACUUCCAAUGAUUCACCACCCUUCUGCUCAGCAGUCAACCUAAUUGCCCCAUUACCGUGCCGUCGGUUGCUUUGGCUCAUGCUCUCUUUUUUCCGUCGCCCUACAGGAGCCAACUUGUACGGCUGGAUCAGAGAUCAGCGCAUCUGCCUCGACUACACGCGAUGCUGCUCUUCUGCCAGCAGUGAAAUGGAUAAUUAA